UUCUGAAUUGUGUUGUAGCGAUCCUUGAUGAGGAGUAUGACAAAGUUGAGGCAGCUCUGAUACAGCUAGAAAACAUCUGUGAGGAGCAGGAGCUACAGAACGCUAAACUACUGGACUCCCAGAAGUUAGCAGCGUAUCGCAACAGAAAGAUGGAUGAAUUAGAAAAACUAAAAGUUCAACUUGCAAAAGAGCAUGUGAAAAAGAUGCAAAAAGUAGAGAAACACAAACAGAUCAAACUGAAAGAACGACAAGAAGCAUUUCAGGAUGCAUUUGACCAGGACGUAGACUAUUACAGAACCCACGGCAGACUAGAGCGUUUAUCAGUAUCCAGUUCUGACAGUGGGAAGAAGGCAGAUUUGGGAGACAUUGUUGUAGACUCAGACACUGAAGGUCUGGACGAAUUCCUUAAUGACACAGACACCACUCCCUCAGCUGAAACAGUAACACAAUCCACAGAUAAAACUGAGGAGACAAUCAGUGAUGAUGAAGAUCCAGUUGUAGUGAGGAGUACUGAUGAGGUGGAUAUUGAGGAUGAGUACUAUGAAGAUGACCUUGGGGCCUCCCACGGGGACCAGGAACAAUAUGUAGAUUCUGAGGACAUGACAGGGGAAAGUGAUGUAGAAAAAGUUAUACCAGGGAAACCAGAGAGUGAAAGUUAACUUUUAAAAGCAUUGAAAUUGAAGAAAAAG